UCGAACCGUAGGGCCCCCGGCCCCCGUUCUGUUAGUGUAGUCUAGGCGCUACCAGCUGGCUCUCCGCACACUUAAACUCCGCAGUCCCAGAUGGACUGAUUUGACGAGACUAAGAAGAUGACAGGUCAUGAGCGGCUGGAUGAAGACCUGUUGAGUACGGGUUGUCUCAUGGACCUGGACUGUUCACGGUACUCAAUAUGCCAGUUGGCGAAUGGCUGUAGAUGCCAAGACUGGGGAGAAUGUACGUUGGUGAGGAUCGCCGGUCAACCAUGCUUCACUAACGCACAGUGCGCCGCGGGGCUGGUCUGCUCUGGUGAGGGCCACAGCCGCUGCGUACCCAACACUCAUCUGGAGGACCUCCCACGGUUCGCAGACCUCCCCGAGCCGGACAUCGGACAUCCCCCGGACAUCCCUGCCACAUACGGAGGUGCCGUGUUGGUCGCCGCCAUCAGCAUCGCUCUUGUCGUACUCUGUCUCGCUCUGGCCGCAUGGUACCGUCUCACGGCUCCCGUCUCUCACCCUCCUCACAUGGAAAUGGCCUCUCAUACAGAUGUCCUUGUCGGUAUGAACCACAUCCAGCCAUUACCUUGCUACAGCUCCACUCAGUUCUUCUCCCAACCUCAGUCCUACAGAGACCAGUAGUUAUUCUCCUGUAUAUAAAUAACUAUCUUGCUCCCUCUAUAGUAUCUGAAGGAACGGUUUCUCAUACACUGUAUUUGAAAAUUGUCUAGUGCGUGCAGUCCUUAUCGCAAUAUAAGUUAGCCAAGUAACAAAAAGGGUGGAUGGUCACUCCUUAGACUUAACUAGAGAGUGACUCGAUCCUUGUAAGAGCUCUUGUCCGUCCAUUGGUGGGAUCCAGUAAUAAUCUUGAUGCAUAUUAAGUUCGGGUUUAAAACAAUGAUUCACACAGUCCCUAGAGUGAAAUAAACCGUCCACACGUUGUGAAACUGCAAUAAAAAAAGCAAUUUGAUCAUUUAAUGUUACCUGAUAGUGUCAGAGUUGACAGCGAUGUAAUAAGCAAUCAAAAGUUUUUACUACAGAUUCAGGCGUUGUUCACGACGGAAUUUUGAUCUCUAAAAAAAUAUAACUUUAUAAACUAAAUAAAUGUUUAUUCUACCAUUAUCCUACAUGGCAUGAAUCAUCAUUAUGUAGACCUAUUAAUUUUAAUUUCUAGAAGAGCUUAAGUUUAUAUUAAGUGAUUGGCCAGCAAGGUUGUUAAUAACGUUAAGUAGUUUACAUUUAAAAAAGUGAAUUUAGUAGCUUUUGUUCGAUUUUGGAUAGCAAUUUUACGAAAAUAUUGUUCGGUGCAGUUGCUAUUUUUACCAUGAAUUGUUGUUGCUGAAUUAACUAUAUGUUAUUAAAUAAUGCCACAUUAAUUAUUGUCUAGGCAACACAUUAUAUCUUAGUGUUGGCGCGACUGGAAGUGUAUACAGUACAAGUGAACAGAGCGGCAAGCGGGUGGAAAAGGAAGUGUAAAAAAUUGAAGAAGAAAAUAAUAAUUCUGAGGAAAAUGACAAUUAAAUUGUUCCCCUUUUAUUAUUAAUAUCUCUUUAUCUUCAAUAUAAACUAUUUCCGAUGUUCACUUUUACUUUAUUUAUUCCAUAAAAUGUAGUUUUUAAUGAUACAGUAAGUUAGUAGUUGAUUGGUGUCUUGGGGAGGUCCUGAGAGGACAGUAUAGUAUUGUAUGUAGUAAUAUCUUGUGUUCUGAGAUAUAAAACCUUUAGACAAGGGCAGAUAUCAAUUCUAAAGACGGUGUGUUUCUGAUGUCUAAAUGAUAAUUAUUAAUGAACUAUAAACAAAGAAAAUGUUUGUCAAAACUGUUAAGUUAAACAGUCAGUUAAGUUACAGAAGGCCCAGCCUGAUUUUUGCACACUGAUUGCACUUUUAGCCGUCAUUUGUUACAUUUUAAAAUGCCACUUUAAAAUUCUAUGGUCAGUAAACUUCAUUUGAUAAAAAGUGAAUAGGAGAUGCAAAAAAAUAGUUUUUCGUGGGGUGGCAAAAUACCCAGCACUAUGUCAGAAUUAUGCUGAUACUAACUCCUAGAUUUGUAUAAAUAUGGAAUCUAAUAUAACUUUGGCAGGCAAGACACCUCUAACAGUAAUUUAGUUUACAGUGUAUAUAAAUGUGGACGUUUCAAAACAUCCAGGUUCAAAACGUAACUUUUAUAUUUUAUUGAAGUUUGGUAGAUUUGUGAUUUCAAAUCUCACAGAUUAAAAAAGCCCAGUUUUUAAUUUAUAAUGUCUUCAAAAGAGUGAGUUUCGUAAUGGAAAGGUUCAAAACGUAAGGUACCUAUGUCUAAUAGUUUAUGUUUUAAACGACCAGUUUCAAUAUAUAGUUUCAUAACGUCAAAUUAAGUCUGAUCCAUCCUUCGCUCUAGCACUAUUCAAUUGUAAUGAGUGAAAGUCUUCUAAAAUAACCAGUUAAUAAUAAGCACUAGUUUUGUGCCAAAACGAGUUCAAAUGGCGUUUCACAUCAUCUGUUUCAGGCGUUGUGGAACUUGCCUCACGCAUAUUGCAGGCAUUUCACUCAACAGUAGUUCUAGCCAAGCUCAACGACGUAUAUAAACUGCAAAAGUUAAUUUUAAGAAUAUAAAAAAUAAUGCUUGAUAUUUGGAUUAUACAAAAGCUUGUGAAAGUACCGUUACUGUCCAAUAAAUAGACCCAUGUAUUAAAAUGAUACUAUUAGUAGAUAAUCAACAAACCUAAAAAUUUAUUAACUGUUUGAAUAUUUAACAAAACAUGUAAUUAAAUUAUAAUAUAAGUAAUUUUGAGUCUUCUUUUAUUAAAUUUACGUUGGAAUAAAAUAAUAACCUCUAUUACGAUGAAAUUGUGGUUUUAAUGUUUAGUACUAAGCACUAUUAUUGGAGAAAUACAAAAUCUAGAAUGAGAACACUAGAAAUAGUCAAUAUUUAGACGUCCAAAUCACUGUUUGAAUGUUCCAUCAAGAUGGGUUAAGGUACAGAUGGGUUAACCACCAAGUCACUUAUAACAAACAUUAUUGACUUUUACGGUGGUGCAAUUGAUUUAUAGUUGUACUUAUUUAUUCUUAAUUUCAUAGUCACAGCGCUUUAAUGUAACUUCCCUGCACACAAAACAAAUUUACCCCUCCAUAAAAAGUUAUAGUCAUUCAAGUAGAAUUUGUGGGCAAUUUUGUAACCAGGCUUAAAGAUAAAUGGACAAAGAUAACAAUAUAAAUUGUAUAGUAUGUAUUUAAAUGAUGACAUUUGGAAUUACAUGAUUUUCAAUUAUAUAUGACAAUGAAUUACAUUGUUUUUUGAAAAUGUUGUUUAAAAUAUUACUGGUUUUUAAUAAAAUAUGGCUCAGGGAAAUUGCAUUUUUUAUAAGUAAAAGAACGUUUUAUUCCCUUCAUUCAUGUUUCAUAUAGUAUGGAUACUGUAAAGAUUGCAUACACUAAUCUUUGAGGUGCUUUUCUGUGGCCUCUUUGCAAGGUACACCUCAAAUGCUGCUUUAUAUGCCCAUAACUCCUCCUGCAAUGAUUAAUAAAUUUUCUAUUUUUCGAACCGAACAAUGGUUGCACCAUUUUAAAUUGGCUGCAAGACGUGAUUGACGGGGUAAUAUAUUCCGUUCGCCAGUAUAACAAUAUCAUUUGUUUAUAAAUUUAGUUAGUUUUAUAAAUCAGUUAGAUAUCUAGGCUAUAAUGUAACCAAUAUUAAUCUACUGUAUUUUUAACGUUUAUGCGCAUGUAUCUUAAUGUUGAUUAAGAAGCUCAACAGCUUUGUACAAAUUAAUUGAUAUUUGUACCGAUUUGUACAAAAUAACCCUGUUGAUUUUAUGAAUGCUGUGAGAUAAUAAUAGUCUAAUACGAGUAUUUAUGUCCAUAUCUUCAAACCAUGUGAAUUUUCACAGCAAAAAUGGUUAAGAAAACUACAACAUUCAAGGUGCAUAAAAUAUGGAUUCCCCAAAUAAGCCAAUAGAAAUUUACACCAAGAUACGCAUAACAAAGUUCUAAUUGGGGUACCAUUUAUCAAUCACUAGCGUGCCUAGGAAAAUGCCAUAUAUACAUUUUUAAGAUUAUUAUACUUACCUUACAGAACAUAUCUAUAUUUGGGAUUUCCAGUUCUUCAAUAUAUGACGACAAUAAAGUGAUUAUCUUAUUAGAUAGUCCAUUUGAUAAAUACAAUAUGAGCUAUUUCCUAUAUUAUACUGGUAACCAAAUAAAACUAAGGAAUCCUGUAUAUUCAUUACACUGUUUUUUUGUUUAAAGUUUGUUAUUGACGAUGGAAGGUUUGAAAGGGUAACAGGAUUUCGUACAUCCGCCAUCGUUGUACGUUAAAAUGUAUAACAUAACGUUUCGAGGAUUAAGAUCCACCCUCUUCUUCGGAUGUGCGUGGGGGGUGGGGUUAUUAAUACAUAUAAAAAUAAAAUACAGAAAGAAGAAAAUAAGGGAAAUAAAAGGGUUCAAAAAUAUCCGAAAACUGCUUGAAGUCGGUCAAGGUGUUGUCACUGCGUAGAAUGCAAGUCCCGAGCACAAGUAGUCAUGUUGUUAGCAGUCAGUAUCCCACUUUUGCAUGUGCUGGUGUGGCGUGUGAUUGUGCUCUUGACUUCUCGUCCUUGUGACUAGUGCUCAGACUUGCAUCCUGUGUAGUGACAACACCUGGACUGGUCUCCAAGCAGAUUUCGGGUACGUGUCAUUUACUAUGUAUGUAUUAUUAACCCCCCUCCCCGACCUGACGAACAGGACAGAUUUCAUCCUCGAAACGUGUUAUACAUUUUGUAACAUUUCAAGAUUUCAAGAUCUUUAUUCGUAAAUGCAAAAUACAUUUUUACAUUACAUGUCAAAAUACUAAAACUAUAUCUAACUUAACAAAUCUCUUACACAGUAAAAACAUUUAUCAAGAAACAUAUGAUACUCGUUCGACUUGUUGGCUUUUAUAAAUUUAUAUAGUUGAUUAGUCCAUUUCUUAAAAAGGUACGUCUCUUAUAAAAAAUAAUUAUUGCAAAAGAAUGAAACAUUUGUACAUUGAUAUUGUGAAAUAAAAAUAGAUAGAUAGAUAUUAAAUGUGUAUUGAUGAUUUGGGUACUUUUUCACUUUAAAUUAAAUAUAUAUAUAUAUAUAUAUAUAUAUAUAUAUAUAUAUAUAUAUAUAUAUAUAGUGUGAGUAUUAUGUAAAAACUAUAAAGCAAAUCAAACUAUAUAUAAUGGUCCAUUUCAUAAUACAUUACGGUUUAUGCUCUAGAUUAAACUAAAAUUACCGAUAACAUUACCGAUAUGUAAUGAUUAUGUAACAAAUAAUUAACACGAUAUUUUAGAAAGCAAUAGAAAUAUAUUCUAACAAAAAGUUAGAUUAAAACAGCUGAAAUAGUUUAAGUUUGAAUACAAUAUAUACAUGUUUAUUUCAUUUUCUUUGAAUAUUACAACGGAAGCUGAAUAAAAUGUAUUUAAACCUUUAAUAAAUUGGUCCUGUUAAUAGUCCUCAUUUUUGGAACAAUUAUGCUGUUGUUGUUUGUAUAUCUUUUGAAGUAAUUAUUACUGUAUUCAAACCUUUUACUUUCUCCAAUAUUAUAUCUAAAUAUGGUUUUAUUGGUGUAUAACAUUGCUGUUUUUAUUGUUAUUGUGCACAUUCUAAGCGAACAUUGUCGUCUUUGUGGAAUUGUUGUACAAACUUUUGCUUAUCUUGUACAAUUUUAUAAUUUUCAUCUGCAAUAAAUAUAACAUUGUUUCCUU